AGUAGGUAGUGACAGUUUUAUUCAACUAAAUAACAACAAUCUCAUCUCUAUAAUAACUUUAGUGAUUUUCCCCGACGACAGUCCAAUUGCAGUGGGAAAAAAUGUCCCUUUUUGCUAUUUUGGUUUUUAGUAUUGUAGUAUUUAGCAAUGCACUUCAAGAUACUUGCAAGGCACCCUAUCACAGAAUAGCAGAUGGCUGUUAUUACUUCAGUACAGAAACUGUGGCCAGAGAUGCUGCUGCAUAUGCAGGCUGUGUGGAGCGUGGGGGAUAUCUAGCGACCUUUGAAACUCUGGAAGAAGCAAUGUUAAUGAAAAACGAGCUUCUAAAAAGGAAUAAAGGUUUAUACUAUUAUGUUGGUGGUCGUAACCUCAACAGGAACAAUCCUGCUGGUGAUUGGAGGUGGAUAAAGAAAGGGGAAAUGUUGAAGAUGACCUACUUCAUUUUCCCUAAAGGUCAGCCCAAUGGGACACCCGAAGACCCACAGGAAUGUAUGUGUUUUGAUCCUUAUCUACAUUACAAUCUUAACGAUUUUAAUUGUGAUCAUGCUUCUGCAAGUAAGCAUGCAUAUAUUUGUGAACAAUGAACAAAAUCAAAAACAUUGCAAACUGAUUUCUUUAGUACUGAUUAUUUAAAUGAAUGAAAGUAUAUGCCAUUGACACUUGAGUGUUUGUUUUUGGUUACAACAGCCUGAAUGCGCAGUUUCUAUAAUAAAACAAGAUGAUUGAAUAAAAAACCGCUUGUUUCUUUUAA